AAUGGGCUCAGAUCGCCCCUCACGUCCUCACGUGUCCCACCAAACAAGUGAGUCUGCCGAUGGCCCAACUGACAUCAAAGCACCUCGGAUACUGGGAACUGGGACUGCCUCAUUUUGCCGCAUCUGCCUGUCUGCCCUUGACUUUUCUUAUCUCCAAAAGGAGAGAGGACUCCAGGAUCUCCAGCAUUCCAUGGAAGCAUCAUCUCCCUAAGCUGGGCAUUAGUGGUGCUGUUUAUUGA